UCAGCUUUCUGAUCCCUCAUUCGUUUAACCAAGACAAAGAAUACCGUACCACAUAACGUAUGCAAAAUAAAUCACGGCCGUAUAAUUUUAUUGUUUCUGCUGUAAACUAGGUGUUGUAAAAGCGGAUUCGGUGAUGUCUAUUUUGUUUUGUAAAUAGAAUCUAAAGCUGGGUAAUCACAAUGCGUUACCAACUUACCUGUGACCUGUUUCGGUAACGACUUCGUAUAUACCUCCGUCUUUCCGUAGAUAUAUCUUGGCGGAGGGAGAAUGUUAGUGCCUACAGCUUAGGCGAGCAUUACCAUCCAUGGAUCAUUCAAGACGCUCUAUCCCAAUUUCAUUACGCAGGAAGCUGCUUUACUUCCCAAACAUAUUAAUUUGCUCGUAUAUGUGGGUUACGCGUGCCGACACAACCUUUUUAUUAUUAUCAUCGUCUUUUAUCGGCUUUAAGGAGGUGUUUCACCGGGAGAGUCAGGACGUGAACGCGGAGCGUGCUUUAAAAUUGUGCCGAAUAUUAAAUUUUCCUAAAAGUUUUAGCUAAACUAGAUCAUCUGUGAAUGCUGGAAGUUGUUUGAUCGGAUCUGAAAGUCGAAGACUUUGGGGCUAUCUGAAUGAGUGGUAAAAAAGCAAUCACACAAAACGUACAGACCCAACACGGGCUACAAAAGUCCAACCCUUGUUUACAACGGUCGUGAAAAUCGCCCCAGAUAAGAGCAAACGCAAUUUGAAAAUAAACGCAAAUAUUUUUGUCAAGCUGUGAGCAAAAUUUGAAACUGUCUGAUUUUGACAAUUCGCGUCACUUUGACUGUCUUUUACGUUAGUUUUUCCUAAUUUAUAAUGUCCAUUUUCUAUAAUUUCUACACUCUCAGAUGCUUCGUAAUGUUUUAAUCUGUAUCGCCGCUUUGAUGUAUAUUUUCGGGUGUAAAACCACAAAGGCAGCAAGCAUCCUAAGACCGAGUAAAAGUUUCCUUGAAGAAGUCGCCGAUUUUGAUAACAUAGUCGAGCCUGAAAGCAUCCAGUCUGGAAACAAUCUUGAAACGAGGGAAAGCGGGGACGAGGAAUACUACGAUGAAGACUGUCCGAACGGAAAAUGUCCCCGCGAUACCGACACAAGCACAGCUAAAUCAAUUUUAAACAAAUUGGGAUCCUCGUUUCUUCACAAAUUUUUUGCAAGAGACACCAGUCGCGCCGAGGACUAUAUGCGCAGACAACUAGAGCAGGAACAAGAAAACGAACAGAGGCAGUACGACAUUGAUCCGAAGAAUGAUCAAGAUUUUAUGCAAGAACAGGAGCGAUACGAAAACAUAACGAACGCCACAAAACAGCUCUACAACAAACUUGAAGAAGAGCAAGUGCAGCUGGGGCCACUGGGGGAAGAAAAUAUUUGUUGUGAGGAAGAAGAGCCGAUUAGGAGAACUUUCGUACAAAUCCCCCAAAAAAUUGUAGGUGGGAUACGUGCCUCUAAUGGUUUAUUAGAAAUGCAUUUUUACGAAAAAAUACCGGCUGCUGAUAGUGUUAAAAUAGUACCGCACGAACAACCAGUCUUUAUUAAUCUAUACCCAAAACAUGAGAAAAAUCGUCGGAUGGAAUCUGCCAAAAAAUACGAUUAUUUUGCUCUCGUGCCCCAGGAUAACAAGUUAAUACAAGUCCCUGCGGUCAAGUUUACUAUACUUCCAGAAUUCAAGCGCCGAAAAAAAGACAUUUAUUCGCCAUAUUUGGCAAAAUUAAAAAGAUUGCACCCAUUUAGACACGGCUCCAACUACCGACAUAACGCACACUCUUUCUCACUAGUUGAUAACAAAAUGAAUGAUGACGAGCUUGGUUCUGCAAAAUUAUACAAAAGAUUCGCCAAUUUGGAAAAUUCAAAUAAUAAAUAUUUGGAAGAAGCCGAUUUCCUGAUACAUAAUCGUGACAUUUCAUUGAAGUCUUCUCUGGACAGUUCUAGUAAAGAAAAGAAUGAAGAAGGAUUUAAUUUUAAUCAAAGUCCAGUUGCUGCAGCAGGAGCCAAAAAUGAUGUUAGUCCGGCGGAGGGAGGGCAAAGUUUGGUCAAUACGUUGGAAGAGGAGCAACGUUUAGUGGACAAUGACAAUGGGCUGAGUUUGGUAGAUGUGGAGGGGGGAGGUCAGGGCGACAGCCUGGUUGGUUCAAUUGAAGGUGGGGGGAAUAAUUUGGUCAAGGGCGAGGUUAGCGGUUUGGAGGGAGGGCAAAGUAUGGUCAAAAAUGAGGUUAGCGGUGUGGAGGAGGGGCAAGGUUUGGUCAAGAGCGAGGUUAGCGGUUUGGAGGGAGGGCAAAGUAUGGUCAAAAAUGAGGGGGAGGGGCAAGGUUUGGUCAAGAGUGAGGUUAGCGGUGUGGAGCAGGGGCAAAGUUUGGUUAAAAGUGAGGUUAGUGGGAUGGAAGGAGGGCAAGGCAUCGACGAUAGCUUAGUCAAAAGUGAGGUUGGGUCCGAUGAGGAAUUUUUAUAAAUAUAAUGUUUAUAAUAAAUUUUAUUAAAGCUU